UCUAAACAUGGCGCUACUGUUUAUAUUCGCGGAUUCGACUGCACACUUUUUUUUUAAAAAACAACGCUGAGAUCAUGUUUAAUAAUGGCCCUCACGUUUUGCAGAUGCGUUCUGGCGAAAUUAAAAUGGACUGAAACACACACUGCUAUAAAACUAUACUAACCUAAUGAAGAGCAAAAGGGAACCGUGCGUGCGUGCGGUUUGUAACACCGAUCAGAAGUAAGAUGGACGAUGAAAACUUUUUGUGGAAACUCCUGGUGAAAUUCACCCAAGAGGGACAGCUGCACUCCAUCGAGGAGCUGCUGCGCGACCACGACUUCAGGACCUCCGUGCGCAACAAACACCGGGGGAAGUCGGGCGACACGCUGCUGCACCACGCAGCCCGCUACGGCCACUGCGCUGUGCUCCGCUUCCUGAUGGAGGACGUGGCCAUGGACGUGGAACUGUGCAACGCCGACUACAAGAGGGCUCUGCACGAGGCCGCGUCCGCGAGCCGCCCGCAAUGUGUGCGCUACCUCCUGGCUAGGGGGGCUCGCGUGGACUGCCUGAAAAAAGGCGACUGGACCCCUCUCAUGAUGGCUUGCACAAAGAGAGACUUAGGGGUCAUUGAAGCGCUGCUGGAGCACGGUGCAAACCCAGAACUGAAGAACAAGGAUGGCUGGAAUUGCUUCCACAUCGCCUGCAGAGAAGGGGACCCAGCAGUGGUGCGACGCCUCCUGCUGGCCAGCCCAGAGGUGUGGAACACGCAAAGCAAAAUCCUCCGAAGUCCACUGCACACAGCAGCUAUGCAUGGUUGUGAAGAAGUUGUCAGUAUUCUCCUGAAUGAAUGUGUCUACAAGGCAGAUAGCAGGGACAGCUGUGGAGUCACGCCGUUCAUGGAUGCCAUUAGGAAUGGUCACAUUAGCAUCGCUAAGCUGCUGCUGGAGAAGCAUCAGGCAUCUCCAACAGCCAUGGACUGCAUGGGUGCACAGCCGCUGCACCAUGCAUCUUUAGCGGCCCAGGAGAGGGCCCUAUACUUCAUUGUGGAGGAGCUGGGUGUGGAUGUGAAUGAAAGAGCUACUGACAUGGAGCUCACAGCUCUGCAUUAUGCUGCCAAGGAAGGCCACAUUGGUACCAUAAGGACUCUUUUUGCAUUAGGAGCAGAUCUUCAAGCAAGGGAUAAGAAAGGAAGAACAGCACUCCACAUGGCCUGUGCUGGACAGCAUGCCUCUGCAGUCCAGGCUUUGCUGGAACUGGGUCUUGCAGACACCCAGGAUGCAUCAGGGACCAAGGCCAAGCAACUUGCUAGGAAGCCAGAUGUGCUUUGCAUCUUUGACAGCUAUGAAAUGUCUAAAGCUCAAUAA